GCUUCGUUCAUUCGUUGAACGAAUCUCGUUCGUUCGCCAGUUUCGUCCGCCGCGUCGCGAGUGCAGUGCUACCAAUGGUACCAUGGCCUUAAAAAAGGAUUUCGACCUGCCAAGAAACAUUUUCAAAGUGAAACUACCAAAAUCUGUGAAAUUACAACAAGCGUUCGACAGGCUGUUCAAAAAGAAUAGCUACACCAAAAUAGUGCAAAGUUAGUAUGGCCGGUGACAGUGUUGAAAGCAACCCCCAUUUUAUAACAACAGAGACAGAGUUUAUAGGUAAAGGUGAUCACACACACACAAAACAUAGAAGAAGUAGAAGUAGAAGUGCAAAUCGUUUGACACCUUCAGCGUUAAGUUUGUCCGACGAACAUUUUUACCAAGACCUCGAAGAUUACGUGAAAGAAAUGACGACCACAACAGAAAAUAUGGAGCCGGACGUGUGGACUCAGCUUCAGCAGAAGGAAUCCGAUUUGCUGCUGGCGGCAGAGUUGGGGAAAGCGCUUUUGGAUAAAAAUGAGGAGUUGAAAAAGGAGCAGGAGAGGAUCACGGAGGAAUACUCCAAAAAACUUGAGGAGUUGGAGCAAGAGAAGCACCUGCUGAGACGUCGGCUGGACACGACACAGGGCGAAUAUGAGGCGCGCAUACUGGAACUGCAGAAUGACAUUCGGGAGCUCACCACCAAGAUCGGCUCAAGGGACACUUCUGUCAAACAGCGCGAUGAAGAGAAAGCCAGCCUUAUUGCGGAUCUGACGGCGCAGAACUCACGGCUGACCGCACAGCUGAAGGAAUCUUCUGCAACGGAGGCGCAGUUGAUGGCACAGUUGGAGGGUCUGAAGGAUCAGUGUUCCAUGAGGAAGACAAGUCUGCAGGACCACGUACACAGCCUGUCAUCCCUCAAAGCAGAGCUGGCUCUGGUGAGCGACAAGAAGGCCGACCUGGAGCGGAGACUGACGGGGUCCUUGCAGGACAAGGAAAAUCUCAUGCAGCAGUUAGAAGAAGCCCACGACAGGAUCGUGGCUCUCGAGAGGCAACUCAAAGAACAGGAACACCUCUACCACAACACCCUCAAAGAGCUCGAGCGCCUCCAACGCUCGCACGACACAUUAGCCGAGAGGAUCGGCACCCCAGACGCCACAGAUGUCACGGAAUCAGCCAGAUCCCUACAUGCUGAGAUGGAAACUGAGCCAGACGACGAUGAUGAUGAUGGGUGGCUGAGGAAGGAGGCGGUGCAGGUUUAUAAGCAGUUGAGGGCGCUGUCGCUGCAGUUGAAUACGGGGCAUGAUGAUGAUUCAGGCCUUCACUCCGACCUAUCCAUCUCGUCUCUCGAUGGCGACGAAGCCUCGACCCUCCGCCGCGGGGCCCUACUCGCCGCCUGCGCCGACGCCGUGGCUGCGUACGCAACGCUGGAGGGAUCUAGAGUGCGCGACUCCAUCGCCGCGCAUGCGCGUAGAGCGUUAGAAAGAGAGAGGCAGAUCGAUGAGAAGAACGAAGUGAUCGCAGAUCUUUCGUCUAAGUUAUCCGUGGCCGAGGUAGAGCUGCGCGCAGCGGCUGAAGAAAGAGACAAACUGCUCAACGACGCCAACUACAACAGUCUCCAGAACGACGAGGCCGUCACUCAGGCCAGGCGGGAGAGGGACGAGGCGAUAGAGAGGAAGAAGACAGCUGAGGUAUCGCUCGCCAAGACCCGAGUGGAGCUGAUGCAGGCCAACAGCCAGCUGUACGAGGCGGUGCGGCAGAAGGUGGAUCUGGGCCAACAGCUGGAACAGUGGCAGAUGGACAUGCAAGAGCUGAUCGACGAGCAGAUGAAGCACAAGCUGACGUCGGAGAAACGCCGCAAGCUGCCGGAGCCGCCGGCGCCGACGCGCGCCUCUCGACUCCUCGGAUUUUUUCAACGGUGAUCUGUUGCGCGCUCUUGGGGCCUCUAGCCAUAGACAAAACCAUAUCAACUAUUACACUGUUAAUUAUUAAACAAUACGACCCGUUUACUUUUAAUUUCAUCGCCGCUUUCGGCCUGACUUUUUACGACAGAUAUUUGAUUGUCAUCCUCGCCGCCAUCUUGGACGGCGCCAUUUUAGAAUUCUUAGGGUGCGUUCUGAUUUUAUUUUCCAAACCGUGUGAUGUGUACACCAUGGCAGUGAUAGUUAGUGUCUUAAUUAGGUUUUUAAUUGUAACUGUACACAUUAUUUUUAAAUUACCGAGUGUAGAGUAUAUUUGCACGUUAAUGCAAUGAUUUUAUUUAUAAACGACAUGCUGUAUUAUUUCUUAGCGAAUCGGAUGCGAGUUUUGGAAUGGUAGGCGGUUUUGGUACAACAGAUUCAACUGGAUGCGGACUGAACCAAGAGAACUGACAUCUUUACGUCCGUAUAAAAUAAUUUACUAGUAGUAGUAGCAUCAUUAAAAUAAUUUCGAUCUUCAGUAACCUCCACUUAACUUCACAUAACUGCUUGUUUUUUUAACAAUAGCUUUAUAAAAGAGCGCUUGAUUUGCCUUUCUAAGAUUGUCCAGUAAUGACAAUUUUAAGUAAGAAAAUCAUGUCGCUAUUUGCAUUUCAGAAGUCUCACUUUUUACUUAAAUUUACAAUAUUUAUUGAAUACUUUAAUUCGCCAUUCGUUCGCAAUCCAUUCCUUAACUAACAUUCCCAUUAAAUUUAAUGUGUAUAUAACUGAAUUUAAAAUAGGUUUAACAAAUUGUAUUUAUGAAUAUUUUUCAGACGAUCUCUUUUAAGGACCAGUUUAAUAUACCUACUUAAAGUUACAACUAAAUAAUGUAUCGAUAGUAGCGCCUCUAGUGGAAUAUGAACGAACUAAAUAGGUACACAUUUAGUUUACUCUAGGUCCCAAUUUUAUACCACUGACAUGUAUUUCGUUAGAAUAUUUAAAAUGAUUUGGUAGACUCGUCCAGUAAAGACGAUCGUCUCAAAAAUAUCUGUAGUAUUUUAUCUUUUUGAGAUUGUACGUACCAUUCCUACGUAUAGUUUUAACAUUUCACUCAAAGUGAAAACGGUUGCACCCAUAGCGUAGUAAAAUUUUUAAAAUAAAAUAAUUAUGUGAAACGAGAGGGGCGGCGUUUUUAAAUUUUGUCAGAUUGUAUUAGAAAUGCAUGACAUUCGACAUUCUUUUAUUUUUAUUUAUGGCAUUUCAGUACUACAUCAAAUUAACAUAUAAUUACAUAUUAGGUGUCUAGACCUAGUGUGUCAAAUGGGUAGCUUUAGGAAAAAGACUUGUUUAAAAAAAAUAAGAAUAUUUUUGCCGCCCUGAUCCACUAUUUUGAAAUAGCCAUAUUAUUAUUUACAGAAACAAUACAGAAUACGAAUUACAUGAUCUGCUGCAAUUUAGAAUAAAAUAAAUUAAUCACUAGGUUAAAAUAAUAUGUAUUAAUUUUAAAAUUAGAUAAAUUCACGAGUAAGUAAUUUAAUAAUGUACACAUAGGUAUGUGAAAUUGUUUUGCAAUACAGACGAAUGUACCUAUUACUUAUAUAUAUUUGAACUGUGCCUUAAUUAAGUACCUGGCCUUUGGAAAGUGCCUUUUUUCUUCAUUAGUAAACAAUUUACCGGUAAUAGAACAUUGAUUUUGGGAAAAAAUAUUUUCACUUAUGCUCUAGUUUCCUAGGAUAGCGGUGCCGUCAUAUAGCGGCCGUCUCCAUACAAAUACGACAUCCAUAUUUAGCCGUAUUAUUUAGUAUGGAGUCGGCCGCUAUAUGACGGCACCGCUAUCCUAGGAAAACCGAUCUUUAGGUAUUAUUUUAUUACCAAUGACAAAUUAAUAAAAAUGUUAAUUAAUGCUUUAGUGUCACUUGAUUUUUGGAAGAACAUCUUAUAUCUUUAUAUCCGUAUGCUGACCUAAUUUUAUUGUGUUGCAACUUGCAAGAAAUUAGAAAUAUGGUCUAGGAUCCGUGGCAAAUUCAUUGGAGAUUUAAAUUGUUAUAAAUAUUAGUUACCUACUCAUUUCUGUCAAAUAACUAAAUUCCAUAGCUAAUUCUUAUUAUGCCACUAUGUAUACUGUAUAUACGUUGAGUGUUUAGGUGGUUGGUGGCGCCACUGUCAAAUAGUAUAGCAAUAUAAUACUUUACUAACGCCACCUGUUGAAACUAUAUACUCUGUCAAGUAAUUUCCGUCAGUAAAAAAGAGCGGCAAAUUUAAAAAAUCUAGGAGCGAAGGGUAAACCUCCCAUAGAAAAUUUGAAUUUCGCGCAUUUUUCUACUGAGAAACUUGUUUGACCGGCUAUACAUCCAGCAGAUGGAAAUUUGUCUCAAUAGGUUAUACUUAGGCGAUUAUUUUGAUCUCCAAUCUUGCCAUUAUUGGUAAGAGGGUUUGGAAAAUAAUUGUUUUUGAGACAUUACACAAGCAUUUUAAAAUGAAAUGUUAAUAUAGAAAUAGAACCAUAAACACUCAGGUUGAUUUAUUGAUAUAUUUAAAAUAAAAUACUUUUUUCGACAUUUUCAGGAAUAUUAAAACCAAUCUUAGAAAUUUUAUGAGUGGGUUUUUUGAUAAAACAUUGAGAUAUAAAUCAUGAAUAGUAAGACUAGCUACUUACUUAAUACUUUUUGAAAUUAAAUCAAGAACGGCACAGUCAAUUUCAGGAUUUUUUAGAUUAAGUACAUUUUAUUAUUUUUAAUUAAAAAUACAUUUCGCAAUAUAAUUUUUAUUAAUUUAUUGUUAAGACUGAACUGAAGUGUUAAAUAUAAAAUGCGCUUUUCCUAACAUUUUACUUUAUACGGAGUCUGUUGUUCAAUAUGAAAUUUUAUGAAGUAAAUAUCAUACGAUACACUGUUUACAUUUAGAGGUGUUAAACUACAUAUAUACUAUUUAGGGAGCCUAUCUUAAUAUCGUACGUUAUCUUGCAACAGGGUCUAACUACCGAGCCCUGAGGGUCUACCAAAACACGAAAAAAAAAUUUUCGUUAUCUGCCUCUUGAUACAGCGAUAGCUCUUAAAUGCAAUACCUCUGUCAGUAUACUUUGCAGGGUGCUUGGUUUCCACCAAUAUUCACUUUGAUAUGUAAAUAUUGUUUUUGUACUUCAGUGUAGCUUUCAUGACUAUAAAAUAUUGUAGCUGUAAGAGUACCACCGACUGAAGUCAUAUAGCUACUUAAUUAUCGCUACAGACUUUUGUUACAAGUCUUAUUAUUCUAAAAUAGCUGCAUUUAGUAUUAAUUAAGACAUCAUUCGUGUUUGGUACUUUUUAUGUCUCGAAGGUUUUAAAUGGCAAAUAUAAACUUCAAAAAAUCUAUUUGAAACAUAACGGUUAAUGGAACAAUAGACUCCCAUAAGAUUUAAUAAUUAUUUACAUGUGUGCAAAACUACCGUGAAUGUUAACAAUAGUUUUUAUAUUUAAUUUCUUAAGCACAAACUUAAUUUCUAUGGCGAGUAUAACUUCAUAGUCAUUCCAUUUUAUCCGAUCAUUGUGAUUGUAUCGUUAUGGGUCAUAUUUAUGUUUGGGAUGACAAGUUAAAAUUGAGGCCCUAUGAUGCCUCCUUGAGGUACACCUUUAAAAAAUUAUAUGGUGCUGGUGUAAUCCUAACGGGAUUUUUGUCGAUAAGAGACAAGGCAUUAAUUAGUCUCUCUAUCAUUCACUUGUCAGUAACAUAUCCAUAAUUUACCUAGCGAUAACUGCUAUUACAACGUUGUCGAAUGCUUUUAUGUGAUCCAAACGAUAUAAUUUUAAAAUAGUAUUAGUGUUCACAGAUCAUCUGAAUCAGUGCAAAUGUACUUAAUGCCACUUCAUCGUAACUUAAGGUUUAAAUCAUGUACUUACAUAAUCUACCUUCAUUUGUUUGUGGAAUUUAAAUAAAGCAUGAAAUUUUACGUA